GCCGCCGAGCAGGCAGCAGCCGCGUCAGGGCCGUCCGGGGGCGCGGCCGGCGAUGCCCGCAACCCCCGCCGUGCCCCGCCGGGCCUGCUGAGCCGCCCCCCAGGCCGGGGUCGCGCCGGGCCGGGCCGGGCCGCGCCCGAAAGGGGCCGCGCUGCCUGCAUGACCCUCCGGCGGCGCGGAGAGAAGGCGACCAUCAGCAUCCAGGAGCAUAUGGCCAUCGACGUGUGCCCCGGCCCCAUUCGGCCCAUCAAGCAGAUCUCCGACUACUUCCCCCGCUUCCCGCGGGGCCUGCCCCCGGACGCCGGGCCCCGCGCCGCCGCACCCCCGGACGCCCCCGCGCGCCCAGCCGCGGCCAGCGCCGGUCGCCGCAGCCCCUCCGACGGCGCCCGCGACGACGACGAGGAUGUGGACCAGCUCUUUGGCGCCUACGGCUCCAGCCCCGGCCCCAGCCCUGGCCCCAGCUCCGGCCCCAGCCCGGCGCGGCCACCCGCCAAGCCGCCGGAGGACGAGCCGGACGCCGACGGCUACGAGUCGGACGACUGCACUGCCCUGGGCACACUGGACUUCAGCCUGCUCUAUGACCAGGAAAGCAAUGCUCUCCACUGCACCAUCAGCAAGGCCAAGGGCCUGAAGCCGAUGGACCACAAUGGGUUGGCGGACCCCUACGUCAAGCUGCACCUGCUGCCUGGAGCCAGUAAGGCAAACAAGCUCAGAACAAAAACUCUGCGGAACACUCUGAACCCCACGUGGAAUGAGACCCUCACUUACUACGGGAUCACAGACGAAGACAUGAUCCGCAAGACCCUGCGGAUCUCUGUGUGUGAUGAGGACAAAUUCCGCCACAAUGAGUUCAUCGGGGAGACGCGAGUGCCCCUGAAGAAGCUGAAACCCAACCACACCAAGACGUUCAGCAUCUGCCUGGAGAAGCAGCUGCCGGUGGACAAGACGGAGGACAAGUCGCUGGAGGAGCGGGGCCGCAUCCUCAUCUCCCUCAAGUACAGCUCUCAAAAGCAGGGCCUGCUGGUGGGCAUCGUGCGCUGCGCACACCUGGCUGCCAUGGACGCCAACGGCUACUCGGACCCCUACGUGAAAACAUACCUGAAGCCAGAUGUGGACAAGAAAUCCAAACACAAGACAGCCGUGAAAAAGAAAACCCUGAACCCAGAGUUCAACGAGGAGUUCUGUUAUGAGAUUAAGCAUGGAGACCUGGCCAAGAAGACCCUGGAGGUCACCGUUUGGGAUUAUGACAUUGGAAAAUCCAACGAUUUCAUUGGCGGCGUGGUUCUGGGCAUCAACGCCAAGGGGGAGCGCCUGAAGCACUGGUUUGACUGCCUGAAGAACAAGGACAAGCGCAUCGAGCGUUGGCACACACUCACCAGCGAGCUCCCAGGGGCCGUGCUCAGCGACUAGCGCCCCGUCCACCGCCACGCAGCCCCUGCAAUCGCCUGGGCCCAGCAUGGGCAGCCCUGGGCUUCCUCAGCUGCCACCAAGGGCUGCAGCCCCCUCAUUGGGGGUGAUUGAGGACACCUGCUUGGACACAGAGCCACUGCAGCGCCCACUCGGGGGACAUGGAGGGCCCAGCCCCUCAAAGGCACCAGAAGGGCCGGGAGUUGGGCUAGCUGUUAGCCCUCGGGAGCCCAAGAGGCUGAUGGUGGGAGGACCAGACCUCGGCCCAGCACCCCCUGGGAGAAGGGGAUGGGGCCAUUCAGGACUAGGACCCUUCUAGAGGUCAGCAGGAAGGCCCAUGCAAGAACAGGAGGGCCAGCGGGGAACAGUGGAGGGAGGUGGGCAGGCAGAAGACCAGACUCUGAGGAACGGUUACCCCCAGACGUAGCCAAAAGGAGGCUGGCUGCAUCCUUCCCCUCCAGUGCUGCUGCACUGCUUGAGAAGUGCGGAAGUGCCUGGGAAGAAGCGUGCCUGCCAGAGGGACUUCUGAGGUUCCCACAGGCUCCCGACAAAGUGGGCACAUUGAUGAGCGCUUCACUCAGGAUCCAGGAGCCCUCAGGGAGUUCCUGUCUAGUCAGGGAGCAGAAACAAACCAUUACAGCAGGGGCUGCAGGGUAAGGGGUAAGAAAUGCCAAGGCCUGCCUGCAAGUGCUGUUGGGUACUGGUGCCUCUGUUCGGAGGGUCAGGAGGGCUUCCUGGAGGAGGCAGGGGCUUCCUCAAGGCCUUGAAGGUGAGUGGGGGUUUCUAGGCAGACUAAGGGGAAGAGCGUUACAGGCAUCUACAAAGGCCAGGAGCAGAGCCGGAGCAAGACCCAGAGUCUCUGCAGGGGCAGAGUUUGUUAGACAGUGCAGGGGUGGGAGGGAGGCACCUGGAGAGACUGAUGCUAGUGCAGGGUCAAGUUUGGUCCUCAGACCCAGCUCUCCCACUUUGAACUUUCUCCUCCUGAGGGACCUAGAGGGUGGAUCCUCCCCUUCCCGUCCUUCUUCCCAGGAUGAGCGUUGGCCCAGCCCAAUGAAGGAUAGAAAAGAUUCCUCCUUGUUCUCCUCCUCUCAGGGUUCAGGCGGAGUAUCGCAGGCUUCUAGGUGGUGGCUCACGGUAUCCUGGCCCUUCCAUGGCCACAGAUGUCCCUUUUAGGAGCACACAGCACCAGUUGAGGGGCUUAUCUCUGAGAAGCCCUGUUGGGCUGGCUCUGCCCUCCAGGAGCUGAGAGAGAGACUGCCUGGAGGGCCUGCCUGCUCCAUCCAGUCAGGCUCUCCAGAAAGGGGCUGAGAAUGUCUGAAUCUUAGGGCCCAGGCCCAAAGCUCCCAAACUUUCCCCACCUACCAAGGAGUUUUCAGGAACGAAUGUAGAACCAAGAAGUUUGAAACCUACAGAACCCCAGUGUGUUCACACCAUCCCUGCAUGUUAAGAAACAGGGGCCCAGAGAGGUGAUCUGCCCAAGGCCUUCCAGCCCUCACCCAGCUGGGGUCAGGAUCCCUGGCCCUGCCUCAGCCCCAGCCCAGAGAAUGGACAUCACACUUCAGGGGAAAUUGGGUGCUGGGCUCACCCCACCUGCUGCCCACCGCCAAUACCAGUAGCAAGGCUCAGAGGCACAAGGGUCAGACCUGCUGCUGCAAGGUGAUGAUUCAAAUCCCACCAAGUGCCAGCCAGCCCUUUCUCAGUUUGCAGGGAAAAGAGAUUCCAGUCCCCCACAGUUCCUUGGUCACCUGUGCUGCUUAUGGAGCCUUGGUCUCCCUGCAUUUAGAAAGGCUUUGUGUUGAGUCAAGGUUUUUGCAUGCACUGUCUUAAUGAGUCUUCACAACCCCAUGAGGUGGGUUCAAUUGUCACCCCCAUUACAUACAGGUGGAAAUGAGUGUCGGAUUCUGAGUAGUUUGCCAAGACGACACAGCUGGAGAGCUGGGUGAGCCAGGACCCUAACCCAGGUCCUCAGGCUCACUACAGGUCAGUACUUCCCAAGAGAGAAGCGAAGCUCAGCAGAGAACAGGUGGAGGCGGCUCUGGUGCACAGUAGGGACAUGGGACCUGCCUGGGGCCUUCCAGCCCUCACCCAGCUGGGGUCAGGAUCACCUCCUGCCACCUCCCCUGUAGCUGGCUUUGAAACCAUCUAUGCCACUUAGGGCUUCUCCAGAGGUGCCCAUCCAGCCCCAGACCCCCCUGGGGCUGAGGCAAGGGUUCCUUUCUCCACACAGGUACAAUGGGGAGCCUCAGGGGGUCCUAAAGUAAGAGGUGGUCUGUUUUUAAAGGGCCUGGUAUCUAAGUGAGUUCUGGGUAUCUUCUUAGCUUUACUUUUUUUAUGGGGCUUUAUUCAAAGAGAAGAUAUGACAGCAUCUCUGGAGACAUGAAAGUACUGAAUGGCCAUGCUAGAAGUGGCUGUGCUGUGAGCCCCACCUAGCGUGCCCUUGUCAUUAGACACAUGGGGAAACUGAGGUCCGUGGUGGAGGGGCCAGGACAACCACCCAAAACUCCAGGCAUUAGUCCAGGCCCCUACUGCUCCAGCUAUACAAAUCUGAGCCUUCUCCUGAAAGAUGGUCAGGCUGGGAGGUGGUGCUUCUGGCCAACCCACCUAGGUGCAGGGUGGGUGCUCCAGCAGGAGCCCCCCACCAGGGAGUUUGGCCAGGAUCCUGGCCCUGUAGACCCCGGUGUGUAUCUGUUUAAGAAAAAAGUGCUGUGAGAAACUGCAGAAUCGGCUCUGCCUUUGACCCCAAACGGGCAUCUUUCCUCUGGUUCAUUAGCCCCACCGACAGAAAAUCUGAUGCCAAAAAAAAAAAGUCAUUCCAAAGUCAGGUGUCAGUAACCAGGGGGUCGCUCUUGGCGCCUUGUUCACCUCCCUCCGCCCCGCCGCCGCCACCACUAGCCAAUCCCCGACAGGCGCGUCUUCCAUUCCUGAAGCGGGAACCGCCUGACCUCCGAUGGCGAGAGCGAGGAACUGCACCCUGGCCUGCGCGGGGCUGUGCAUGCCCUGCCCUUUGUCGCCUCCCAACCGACUGAACCUCCCGAUGCAUGGACUCUGGCUGUCGUCGACGCAGACUCUCGUGCACUGCUUAACACCGUUUUGCUACCAUGUGACGGCUGCAGAAACUCCUCAAACUGCAGCCCCACAACACAAUUUUUGUACUUUUCGUCUGACCUACCCGAAGGUGUCCUUUUUAAGUCUUAUUUGUUAAUAUUUAUAAUGACAUAUAACCCAAAGUAAAUGGAAAUGUCACACUACGA